AUGGACGAGCAAGAAUUCGUUGGUCUGUUGCAGGCCCUGCUCGAGCCUGACACUCAAAAGGUCAAGGCUGCCACGAGUCAGCUGAACAAGACCUACUACAGCUCCCCCGCUUCGGUCACCGCACUGAUCCACAUCAUCAUCAACCACCCCGAUGCUCCUCUCAGACAAUUGGCCGCCGUCGAGGCCCGAAAGCUCGUGAACAAGCACUGGAAGUCAGUACCCGAGGACCAGAAACCUCAGCUUCGCGAGUCACUCCUCAAGUCCACCAUUGCGGAGGAGAAGCAGCUCGCCCGCCACAGCAAGGCUCGCGUGAUCGCAUCCAUUGCCCGCACGGAUCUCGAGGAUGGCAAAUGGCAGGAGCUCCCGGGCAUACUUCAGCAGGCCGCCACGAGCGACAAUGCCCAUCACCGCGAGGUUGGCAUUUACAUCAUCUACACCCUCCUCGAGACCAUGCCCGACAUGUUCCAGGAGACGAUGGGCGACAUGUUGAACCUGUUCAACCGCACAAUUCAAGAUCCGGAGUCAGUGGAGGUGCGAAUCAACACCAUGCUCGCUUUGUCGGAGCUCGCCAUGGUAUUGGACACCGAGGAGGACACCAAGAGCUUGAAGAACUUCCAGGCCACAAUCCCACACAUGGUCAAGGUUCUGGAGACCGCCAUCGCUGCUGAGGACGAAGAGAACACCAUGUUGGCAUUCGAUGUCUUCAACAAGCUGCUCAGCUACGAAAGCGCUUUCCUCAACCCGCACUUCGGGAACUUGCUCCAAUUCUUCAUGCAAGUCGCCGCGAAGAGCGACAUUGACGAUGAUGCUCGCUCGCAGGCGCUCAGCUUCCUCAUGCAGAGUGUCAGAUACCGCAAGCUGAAGGUGCAAAGCUUGAAGGUUGGUGAGGAUAUGACGAAGAUGUGCCUUCAAAUCGCUACUGAGCUCGACGAGCUGCCAUCGGAAGAGGAUGAUAUCUCACCUGCAAGAUCUGCGCUCGGACUCCUGGACAUCCUCAGCGAGAGCCUGCCACCAAGUCAGGUUGCCGUGCCUCUGCUCAAGGCUAUCGGGCCUUACGUCCAGGACUCACGCCCCGAAUAUCGCCGAGCCGGUAUCCUCGCCCUGGGCAUGUGUGUGGAAGGUGCACCAGACUUCAUUGCCACCCAGCUCAAGGAGAUCCUCCCCCUUGUCCUUCAUCUUCUCGAGGACAACGCAAUCAGUGUUCGAAGUGCUGCGCUCAAUGGUGUCUCUCGUCUCGCAGACGACCUUGCGGAAGACAUGGGCAAGGAGCACGCCAGACUGAUCCCGGCUCUUAUCAGGAACUUCGACUUGGCUGGUCAGGGUAUGAGGAACUCGAAAGAGGGCAGCGAAGAGCACGAGUUGAACACACACAUCAUCAAGGCCAGCGCUAUGGCUGUUGACUCACUGAUCGAGGGCCUUGAGCCUGAGAACGCAGCGCUCUACGUUGGUGAACUCAUGCCAAGGUUCAGCGUCCUCAUUGACCACGACGACCACAAGGUUCAAAUGGCCGCCGUCAGCGCUGUUGGCAGUAUCGCCAGUGCUGCGGAGGGUGCCUUUGAGCCAUACUUCGAGCAGACCAUGCGCAGUCUUGGCAAGUACAUCGAAAUCAAGGACAACGAAGAUCAGCUAGAGUUGAGGUCUAUGGUGAUUGAUUCUCUCGGAAAGCUCGCCAGCGCUGUCGGUCCCGAAGCGUUUCAGCCAUUCGUUCAGCCACUCAUGCGCGCCAGCGAGGAGGGCCUGCACCUCGAUCACCAGAGACUCAAGGAGACCAGCUUUAUCCUGUGGAGCACUCUCGCCAGAGUGUACGAGGAGAAGUUCGAGCCAUUCCUGCAGGGCGCUGUCACAUCCUUGUUUGAAUGCCUCGACCAAGAAGAGACUGAUUCAGACGUCACACUCGGCGCCGAGGCAUCCGACCUUGUCGGGCAGGAAGUCACCAUUGCGGGCAAGAAGAUCAAGGUAGCUGGUGCUGGAGGCUCGAAUGAAACCGAGGACAUCGAUGAGGCAGAGCUUGUCAAGGCUCUCAUGGAGACAGCCGAUGAUGAUGACGACGACUGGGACGACCUUGGCGCUGUGAGCGCUGUCGCCAUGGAAAAGGAGAUCGCCAUCGAGGUGCUUGGAGACAUCCUGACUCACACCAAGGGCAAAUACUUGCCAUACAUGCAGAAGACCAUCGAGACAACAUUGCCGCUGCUCGAUCACACCUUUGAAGGCGUGAGGAAGAGCGCGGUCAGCACCAUGUGGCGUGCUUAUGCUUGCCUUUUCGGACUGGCCGAGGACAAUGGCAUGGCCAAGUGGCAGCCUGGUUUCCCGGUCAAGGUCAAGCCGACUGCUGAUCUUGAGAAGUUGGGCGAUCUUGUCAUGAAGGGCACACUCGCCCUUUGGGAGGAGGAGAUGGAUCGGGCCACCGUCACCGAGGUGAAUCGCAACCUCGCCGCUACUCUCAAGCUCUGUGGACCUGCUGUCCUUGCCCCUGUCUCAGGAGAUGGACCGACGCCCCUCGAGCUCACUACCCAACACAUCAUGCAAAUUCUGCAACGCCAACAUCCGUGCCAAAAGGACGAAGACGACUUUGACGAGCCUGCCGCAAUGGAGGGCGAGUCCGCAGAGUACGACUGGCUUGUCGUGGAGACUGCUAUGGAAGUUGUGGCUGGUCUCUCAACUGCUCUUGGUGAACAGUUCGGUGAGCUUUGGAAGAUCUUUGAAACCCCCCUUUUCAAGUUCGCAUCAUCGCAAGAACGUUUCGAGCGUUCCGCCGCCAUUGGUACCAUGGCCGACUGCAUCGAGUCGAUGGGAGCUGGCUGCACACCAUACACGCAGAGAAUGAUGAAGCUUCUCCUCAAGCGUUUGAGCGAUGAGGACCCAGAGACCAAGAGCAACGCCGCCUUCGGCAUGGGUCUGCUCUGUGCCAACAGCAAUGACGGCAAGGAAAUUCUGCCGCAAUACAAUACUGUCCUCGGUAUGCUCGAGCCUCUUCUGCAGACCUCCAAGGCCGGCGCCAGCGAGAGUGAGGCCCGCCUGCUCGACAACGCCGCCGGAUGUGUCAGCCGCAUGAUCAAGAAGUCGCCCGAAAGCGUGCCACUGGAGCAUGUUCUGCCACGCCUCGUUGAGCUCCUCCCGCUUAAGGAGGACUUCCGCGAGAACGAGCCGGUGUUUGACAUGAUCAUCAGCUUGUACCAGGCGCAAAACCCUGUCGCUCAGGGUGCGACGCAACAGCUUAUGCCUGUCUUUGAGAAGGUUUUGGGCCCGCCGGAGGACCAGCUCAGCGACGAGACGCGCGCGAAGCUCACGGAGUUGGUCAAGUACCUUCGGGGUUGA